AUGUCAGAGCGCUCUGGGCAAACUGCAAAGGGGAAGGAAGGCAAAACCAAGUAUGCGUCUCUCAAUCUGUUUGAUACAUACAAAGGAAAGAGCCUUGAAACACAAAAGCCUAUUGUUCCCCCACGCCAUGGCUUGCAGUCUCUCGGUAAAGUUGCCUCUGCCCGGCGUAUGCCACCCCCUGCCAAUUUGCCAAGUCUGAAGGCAGAGAAUAAAGGCAACGAUCCCAACGUCUCACUCGUUCCCAAAGACGGCACAGGAUGGGCAAGCAAACAGGAACAAGCGGACCCAAAGAGUACCGAUGCAUCGUCAGCACCGCAGCAGGAACCGCAGCAGCCUGUGGCUUCACAGACACCUGCACCGACCCGCCCGAGAACCCCGCCAGCUUCAGAGGUGCCACCGGUCACAGCCGUAGGGGCAAGGUCCUGGGCACAGGCCAGUGUUACACAUGGAGUACAAGGGGAUGGUGGAAAGGGAUCAAACCUACCGUCGCCAUUCUCUCGCGAGGAAUUUCCCACCCUGCAGGCGGCUGGCGACCAGGACAAAGCUGGCAGAGAACAGGGCACUGCAGAUCAGUGGUAUGGGCCAGGACCAAGCCUCCGCCCCCAAAACGUUACAAGUUGGCGGGACGGUGGGGGCCGAGGCCUGGCACCCACCCUCUCCGGGGAGGGAGCGGCAGAGGGUGGCACCGGUGGGGCGUUGCUAAUGGACGGGGCAGCCGGGGUCCCGCCUCAGAACUCGCAGUCCCACGUGCCACCUAGGAACCCUCCCGCAGGCAGCCCCGCCUUACCCCUGCCUCAGCCCGCCGUGGGGCCUGGCUUUCCCCCAUUCCGAGGGAUUAUGCCUCCAUUCGUAAGCAUGUAUUCACCAUAUUUACCCUUCCCGGCAAAUUAUGGUCCUCAAGGGCCCUACAGGUUUCCACCACCUGGUGACGGUCCAGCUCCAAGGUUCUCCCGGUCACAGGUUGGUCCUGACAGCCGGCCUCAGCUUCUUCCACGCGAUGCGGGCGGAGAGGUGGUCAAGCGGCCCUCCAUCCUAAAGCAGGAUGACCUCAAGGAGCUCGAUGAGCUAGACCACGAUGGAGAUGAAGGCUGGGCAGGGGCACACGAGGAGAUCGAUUACUCCGCAAAGUUAAAGUUCAGCGAUGAUGAAGGCGAGGACGAGGGAGAAGAGGACACAACAGAGAGCAAGAGUGACUUAAAUGCGCAGCAGAAGUCUCAAGAGACCCCAUCUGCAACAUCCUGCUCUCGAGCCUCAGGCAGCAGUGGAGAUAACCGCCGCAGCCCUCCUUCCAACACUGAAGAAGGCCCGACUUCCUCAGCCAAGCCAGGAUGGUCUGAGGGCAGUCAAGGAGCACCAUCCAACCACCAGGACCGGUCUCACAGCCAGAGUGCAUCAUCGGCCUCGGGAAAAGUAGGCCACGCCCAGCAUCAGCCAGCAGCGGGAGGUCCGACCCCUCCUCCUCAGCCCGGGCUGCUGGUCCACGGGGUCCCGGGAGACGACGAGGACGAGACGUGGCGUCAGCGCAGGAAGCAGUCUUCCACCGAAAUAUCGGCUGCCGUGGAGCGAGCUCGUCGGCGCCGCGAGGAGGAAGAACGUCGAAUGGAGGAGGAGAGACGUGCCGCCUGCGCGGAAAAGUUGAAAAGACUGGAUGAGAAGCAGCAGCAGCAAGGCGGCAACGUCGCAGGAAGUACCGGCAGUAAGACACCAAGCCUUGAUGGGAAUUCCACAGCGGCCACAGCUGGCAGCCCUAGUCCGUCCUUGUCGGCCUCUGCGUCUUCCCCCAACAUCAGCCAACCGCCUUCGCCGUGCGUCGACCCUGAAGAGCCGCCCGCGUUGCCCGUGCAGUCAGGCACGGGUCUCGCUGUCGGUGACAGACAGCGGGCGAGCAGCAACAGCAGCUAUGACUCUAGCACGGAUGUCCAGCAUUGUCCUCAGCCGGCUGUGACACUGCCAAAGCAGCCUACGUUGGAGGUUUCUGCACCAGUAGACAAAGAGGACACUGUCUGCACUCCUCCAAUGCGUGCAGGAAGCGGAGCUGAAAGAGGAACGGAACCGGUGAAGAUUGAGAAUAUCGGAGGGGGAUCCGGCCGUCAAGCUACCAUUCCUCCAGGCCAGGGUUACUCAAAGUACCAGAAGUCCCUCCCACCUCGUUUCCAGAGGCAGCAGCAGGAGCAGCUAUUGAAGCAGCAACAGCAGUGGCAACAACAGCAUAGCCAGGCAUCUCAGAGCCAGCUCUCCCCUCAAUCCCAAGCACCGCAGGGUACUUCACCGGUUUCAACGCCUCAGCCAGGACCCGGACCUAAACAGGGAGGACCUCUGUAUCAACCCAGCAAUUUAGUUCGGCCACUUCCGAUGAAUUUUGACCCACGCUGGAUGAUGAUGCCCUACAUGGAUCCUCGAAUGAUGCAGGGUCGCCCGCCUAUGGACUUCUAUUCCACAGGAAUGCACCCGUCAGGGCUUAUUGGCCGUGAGCGGUCUGAUUCAGGAGGAUCUGGUUCAGACCCCUUUGAUCGGCAACAGCAGCAUCCAGGGCAUCCUCACCGUGGUACUCCCCCUGUUGAUCCUAAAUUGGCCUGGGGGCCUGAAGUAUUCCCUGGUGGAGCGGAAGGUUGUGGUAUAAAUCCUCCUCUCAGGCAGAGGCAGACUUCAGAAGAGGAGGAUGUCACCAAAGGGCCCAGGAGUGACACUCCUCCACAUCGCUUAAGAGAGGCUGGAUUGGGACCCAUCAAGCAGCCCAACACAAGCUCCGGGCCGUCGAACCAGACGCCGCCUCCAGUUAAUGCCCCGGGUGGAAGCCAUCCCCCUCAUCACUACAUAAGUGGGCGCGGCAACUACAAUAACUUUCCUGAUCAAGGUGCAAGGAUGCCAGCCCACCAGCAGCAACAGCAACAACAAAGAGGUAGUGAAAGAGGAAGCCACUCCCGUAACUUUACCCAUCAGGACGAAGGCCAAAGCCGGGGUUCUCAGCCAGGCCAACUCUGGGGGGCUUCACAUCCUCAUUAUGAUCGCAAUGGCCGCGCAGACGUCCCAAAUGUAGAGGGCAACGCUCAUCUCCACCACCAUCACAACAACCACCACCCUCAGCAGCCUCACUACACUGUCCAAUCCCAUAGGCACGAGAAUAGCCACGACAAGGUAGUCGAGGGCCCUCCGAAGAAGACUAAUUCUUCUCCCCCGCUCCACCAGCCCUCCCUCUCAUCCUCAUGCUCCUCAACUUCCUCUUCUGCCUCGACCAGGGAAGAUGGCAACGUCAAGGCCACUUUGCAGCAUCCUCACAGGGAAGGUGAAGCUGGAGUUGGACAGAAUCUUGGUGAAAGAGGCAGUAUUGGCGGUCAUGUUAAGCAUGAAAAAACAGGCUCCGCAUAUGCACCACAUGCUUCUAUGGCCUCGAGCCCUCCUCCUGCUCAACAUGGCAGUCACCCCCAGCCAGGGCAUCAUCCCCAUCCAAGGUCAAACCAAAGAGUGGUGCGGGAUCAUAAAACAGAGACCCAAUGGGGCCCUCGACCUGGCAGCACCAACACAGUUGGUGGGUCCUCUCAUAGCAGGAGGAACAACAAUGCAGGUAGCGGGAACAAUUCCCGCGGUGCUGACGAUAUCACGCAUGCUCCAUCGGAGCAUAAGCCCGCAAACCAGUCGGGAGGCAACAAUCCCAACAAAAGGGCGGGUCCAAUCAAGAAGCCACUGAUGAAGGAGAUGAAGAAAGAGGGUGAAGUUGAUAGCGGAGGGAAAUCCAGCCAAGGCUUUGUGAAAGAUAAAGAGAAGGAUGGUGGUCAAUCGACCGCAACAAAGCAGGAUGCCGCUACCACUCAUAACACCUCCGCUCCGUCAGGGAAAGAAGAGCCUGCUGUAACGAUAAAACCCCGAAACAGUGGAAAAGAACGGCCAUUCGGAGGAGGUGGCGGUGGGUCAGGGAGAGCCCCUAAAGACGCAGACAAUUCUUCAGGAUUUUCAGCAUCCCGGAGGGACAGAGACCGGUCUUUUGAAAGAAGAACCGGCAAUUCCCAUAAUCAUGGAGUCGCCAACAAAGUCACCAGAGGCAGUCGCGGGCGAGGUGGAGAGUUCUACGGCCGCGGUCGCGGUUACAGGGGUACCUACACGGCCAACGCUGGCCCUAGUGGUGCCGCCCGUGGCAGAAUGGCCAGCAGGAGUGGCAGAGACUUUCGCACAUCUGUCGCUGUUGGCCACCAUCACGAUUCGAAAGGCGAAGGCCCCGUUGGGAGGCAUCCUCAGGAUAGGUCCCAUCACAACCCGGCUAGGGCAAGGAAUCGGAGCGAAACACGCAGUGAGGGCUCAGAGUAUGAAGAAAUCCCCAAAAGGAGGAGGGAAAGAGGAUCAGAGACGGGAAGCGAGAGUGGGGCGAGUGACCUCGGGCAAUCGGACAAGGACGACACCCACAAACCCAACACCAAGAAUGGCAUCGAUAAUACCAACACGACUUCUAGUGGGAUCAGUCACUCUGCGCCACCAAGGGGGACACAGGCUCGGGUGUUCACUCCGAGGGGCGUGCCGUCGAGGAGGGGCAGAGGUGGCGGUAGCGGAGGAGGAAAUAUCUUCAGGAAUAGCGGCAAUGUCGGAGGACCGGCCGGGGGACACAGGGGUGCAGCCUCUCACGGGGGUUCCUCGAGGCAGCCAAACUCUGCGCGAAGGCAGCAAGCCCCGUCGCAUACCUCAGGGCACAAGGACUUGGGCAGGGGAGGGCCACCUUUAGAGAAGAAAGAUAAGACAGCUGAUGGAAAUCAAACUCAAAGUCACGGACCCAACCUUCCUCAGAGCUCUUUGUUGGCCGCUACUCCUAACACUCAAGCGGCUACUGACAAUGGAACUGUUUUGACCCAGCAAGCUUCAAGCAACCCCGCAUCGAUUCCCAGUGGGCCAAAUUCAGUCCCUCCUCCAACUAACCGCGGGUUUCCUCCCGGCGGCUUCGAGCGACCCAAGCGUCGACGUCACAUGCGGUCUCAACAUCAGCAGGACAAGCCGCCUCGCUUCCGGAGGCUGAAAGAACGAGAGAAUGCCGCUCGGAUCAACGGUGGCGUGGGUGUCAUCGGAGGGGGAAGGCCCUCCUCUCCUUCUGUAAAUUCAAUUCAGGACAGUAACGGGCCUACUGUCACGGCUACGCUAAUCGGUAACGCCCAGAAUGCCAACCAUACCGCCACGCUUACGGCUACCAAUAACAGUGGCGGCGGGCACCUCGGCAAUGUGAACAGCCACCACCAUCACCACUUCAGCCAGGGUGGACCCGCCCACCCCCAGCACCACCACAGCCACGGAGCCAAGUCCCCAGACUUCACCAACCAGAACUCGGACCAGGCCAACGAGGAGUGGGAGACUGCUUCCGAGAGCAGCGACUUCACCGAGUUCCGAGACAAAGAAGGCGGAGGGAAGUCGUAUUCUUCUCACCACCACCACCACCACCAUGUCGGAAAAGGAGGAAGCGGCGGCGGAGGGGGCGCCAUCGAGCGAGAGAUGGGAGGGAAAGAGCCCCAAGGUAAUAAAAGAAGCUUUUCAAGCCAGCGUCCCGGCAUGGAACGGCAAAACCGGAGGGUGAAUGUCGGAGGAGGCGGAGGCAGAGGCCCUCGAGGUCCGCCCGGUGGCGCCGGCGGCGGGACAGGAAACGGAGGCGGCAUCCGCGGAGAGAAGCGGGGCAACUGGCCCUCCCCGAAAAAUAGGAAAUGA